AUGGCAGCCAUCCGAUGUAUAUACUGCCUGGGUACUCCUGUACUGGCAUCUAAAACCUGUGCGCAGUGUGGGACCCCCAUGUGUGAUAAUCAUGCCACAGCUCAUAAGAAUGGAGUGAAUCAUGAUUUAUUUGAUCUCAACUCAUCAUCCGGUGAGUGGCAGUGCUCUCAACAUAAAGAGGUUCUGAAAUACUACUGCACAAGUGAAAGCGUUGGCCUGUGUCAGACCUGCUACAAUAAGGGUGAGCACAACAAUCAUUCGGUGGAGGUUCUGGAUGCUUUUGCUGCCAAGAGGAAAACAAGUCUAAAAACUGACAUAGAAAGGCUAAAUGACAUGAAAGACACAAAAGAGAAACUGAUCAAAACAAUGAAGAGUCAUAAGAGAGCACAGAAAUUAAAGGCACAAGCAGUCAGUUGGAGAGUCACUGAUCAGGUAACGACCAUUACGGACCAACUUAGAAAUACUAGGUGCAAAGUCGAUAAUGAGAUCAAAAGUAGCAAAGAAGAAGUUUUACUGUCAGUCGAUGCGGUGACACAAAAACUGGAGGGAGAGAAUGCUGAUCUGCACAACAAGAUUGAACUUAUUAAGGAUCUAUGCGAACAAAACAACUUCACUUUCCUAAACAGAAUACAAGAAACUGAUCUGACGGAGAUCCAGAAUAACACGGAUAGAAAAAUUCAAAUAUUUAACGGAGCAGCAUUCUCAGUCAUGCUGCACAAGGAGCUCUUAGAAUUCGCCGACACAUUGACCAAACGCAUGCUAAAGGUGGACUUUCCAAAAAUGGAGACGUCAGAGAUCACACUGGACACAAACACAGCUUAUUAUAAAAUGUAUAUAUCGCAUGAUCUCAGAUCUGCUGUUCAUACAGAAAACCGUCAUGCUAGAGAUGUUGGUCCAGAGAGGUUUAAAUCCCGUCAUGUUUUAAGUAAGUGCAGCUUCUCAUCGGGGAAUCACUACUGGGAGGUGGAUGUGAAGGGGACACAAUGUAGCAUUGGGGUGGCCUAUGAUAAUAUAGAGAGGAAGAGAACAAGAUUGGACUUACGCAUUGGUUACAACACAAGGUCCUGGAGCCUCAGUGUAGAUGUAGAGAGCAAGCUCAGUGUGUGGCACAAUCAUGUUGAAACAGAAAUCUCCACAGAUUCUCCUGUGCGGGCAUUUGGGAUAUUCCUGGAAUAUAGCACUGGCCGUCUGUCCUUCUACCAGCUUUGUGACCCCAUCAGAUACCUCUACACCUUCACCGUCACCUUCACCAGACCCCUGCAUGCUGCCUUCUUCCUCAAUGAGGGUUCCAGGGUUACAAUCCGAAAUUAA